UGAGGUGGUUGGACUAAGAAAGAAAGAAAGUGAGUGUGUUACAUUAAAAAAUCCGGUUUUAAGGAAGUAUACAUUGCAUUCUGAAAUUUUGCAGUGUAACAUUGUACUUAUUCUGUGGACUGACACCUAAGAUUUUUUUCUAUUUCCAACAUAUAAAAACCGCUUUGUUUGUUCCAGGACAAUAUUUUCAAUUUACAUGACAUAUUCACACAUUUUCUCGAUACAGAAACUAAAUUAAAACUUGUUCCUUUUUUUGCAUUUUUGCUCCUUAAGGAGUUUUUUUUUUUUGCAUCAAUGCUCUUGACCUUUUUCUUUGUUAUAUACCUCUCUUUCUUGUUCAUUAUUCUUGUGUCUUCUCUUUGUGAUAUUCAGCGGCUUAUACUUGGAUUAGUAGAAUUCUGUUUCUUGUGCUCAUGCCUGGCCGUGUCAAUCAGAGUGGUAAUGAUGAAUUGCAUCCUGGGUGUAGGGGGUACACUAUUAGUUCCAAUGUUGAUGUGCACUGCUCUCCUACGAAGCGAACUCGAAUUAGUGCCCCAUUUACCUUUGGACCUCUUCCGAGAGCUCUUGAGCACGGGCAAGAUCUUAAGCCAAGUAUCGAGAGCCUUCCAGACGAAUGUCUCUUUGAGAUAUUCAGACGCCUUCCAAGUGGCAAAGAGAGAAGCUCAGGUGCCUGUGUAUCUAAAAGGUGGCUUAUGCUUAUGAGCAGUAUUCGCAAAGAUGAAAUUGACUCUGGUGUAGAGACAAUCUCUUCAGAUGAGAGUGAGGAAGAUGCUAAAGGUGGUGGCUGGCUUACAAGGCGUUUGGAAGGGAGGAAAGCCACUGAUGUAAGGCUUGCUGCUAUUGCUGUUGGGACUGGUUGCUGUGGUGGACUUGGAAAGCUAUAUAUUAGAGGAAACAACUCGACUCGAGGUGUUACAGACCGCGGUCUCUCAGCAGUUGCUUGUGGUUGCCCUUCUCUCAGAUCACUUUCACUUUGGAAUGUGUCUUCUAUUGGUGAUAAGGGUCUUUGUGAGAUUGCAAAAGGAUGUCAUAUGUUGGAGACGCUCGACUUAAGCCAUUCUUCGUCGAUCACCAACAAGGGUUUGAUUGCAAUAGCUGAAGGUUGCCCUAACUUGACAACCUUAAACAUUGAAUCAUGCUCUAUGAUUGGAAAUGAGGGUCUGCAAACUGUUGCAAAGUUAUGUCCCAAGUUACAUUCAAUCUGUAUCAAGGAUUGUCCUCUUGUUGGAGAUCAUGGUGUCUCUAGUUUGCUAUCAUUGGCUUCCAACUUGUCAAAGGUAAAGCUUCAGAUUUUGAAUAUCACUGAUUUUUCUCUGGCUGUUAUUGGCCAUUAUGGAAAGGCAGUAACGAAUCUGGUUCUGAGUGGUCUUCAAAAUGUAAGCGAAAGAGGGUUUUGCGUCAUGGGAGUUGCUCAAGGUCUACAGAAAUUGAUGUCACUAACUAUUACUUCCUGCCAAGGGGUAACCGAUGCGAGCAUCGAAGCCAUGGGUAAAGGUUUCCCACACCUGAAGCAGAUGUGCCUUCGCAGGUGUAGCUUUGUAUCCGACUUUGGAUUGGCAGAAUUUGCCAAAUGCACAAGAUCUCUCCAGAGCUUGCAGUUGGAAGAGUGUAACAGAUUCACCCAAUGUGGGAUUUUCUAUGCCCUUUCAAACAUCAAAACGAAGUUGAAAUCAUUUACACUUGUGAAGUGUAUGGGAAUUAAAGACAUUGAUGUGGAAGUAUCUAUGCUUUCACCUUGCAAGUCUCUUCGAUCUUUAACCAUUCAAAACUGCCCUGGUUUCGGCAGUGCUAGCAUGGCUGUGGUCGGGAAAUUGUGUCCCCAACUUCAGCAUGUUGAUCUGACUGGACUUUGCGGCAUAACUGACGCUGGCCUUCUCCCUCUUCUGGAGAAUUGUGAGGCUGGACUUGUCGAGGUGAACCUUACAGGUUGCUGGAACUUGACAGAUUACAUAGUUUCCAAGGUGGCCAGGCUACAUGGUGGAACUCUCGAAAUACUAAAUCUCGAUGGAUGCCAGAAUAUUACUGAUGCAAGUUUGGUUGCAGUUGCAGACGACUGCCUCCUGUUGAAUGAUCUAGAUGUCUCAAAGUGUGCAAUCACUGAUGCAGGCAUAGCCGUUCUCUCUCGUGCUGAUCAUCUUAGUAUGCGAGUGCUCUCUAUGUCUGACUGUUCAGGUAUAUCGAACAAGUGUGUGCCUUUCUUGGUGAAAUUAGGCCCGGCGUUGUCGGGAUUGAAUAUUAAAAAUUGCAAUUCAAUUGACAGCAAUGCAAUUGAGUUUCUCGUGGAGAAUUUAUGGAGAUGUGAUAUUCUGGCCUAAUCGCGAUGGAACUGCUGAAUAAGAAAAUGCUAAUGGAUUACUUUUAUCAAGUUAUUAAUAAUGAAGCAGCAGAUGGUAACAUUCAACAUACUUUUUUUUUGGCUGAUAUGACUAUCAAGUGUGGAUUUGCGGCGCGGUUUGUUGACUCGGUUGUUUUCCAAGGAGUUUUGGAUUGUUCCCUUACUAGCCCAUUUUUGCAAGCAUUUUUAAUACAUAAAUGCUUGUUUCUUACAACCCCUUUUGGCUAUAGUUCCAUGAGAAUACAGUUACUGAGUCUUGGUUGAUGGUAUCCACUUUAGAUCGCACAUUGCCUGGGUUUUACUUUGUAUCACUGGAAUGUUAUAUUCUGUUUGUUGUAGGUUUAUUUUCAUGUAUUUUUUCAUUUUUUUCAAUUGUAAUAACAAUCAAGCGUGUUAAAACGCAUAAAUUCUGAAUAAAGAGUUAGCUUAUUUUCAUUA